CAAGUUCUCGCACUGCAGACAGGCGUCAUGAACGCGUUGAGAAACAGAGAGAUGCAGGCACUGCCAGCAGCACUGCCAGGCAGCCCCAUCGUCGCCCAACUCGGAGUCGCAGGAUAAACAGGUUGGCGAGAUGGUCUUCGUCAUACGGCGUACAGUGCAAACUCUCACAACGCAACAAGCGUAAUCGCAUCUUCCUUGCACGCAUUGAGUCUUGGCGUGCAUCCUGUGACAGCAACGAUGCACUCCUACCGCUUCACCAACGACGCAUGGAGACCUGCUCCUCCCCUCUCAAAUCUCACAGAGUCCAAGUCGCCAGAUGCCAUGCGAAUCCUAACCUACAACGUCUGUUUUAAAGGCGGAACAGUAUUUGACCCCUCCCCCACCGACCGCUCUCUCUUCGACCACCGUAUGUCCGGCCUCCUCACCCUCCUACGCGACCAUUCCGCCGACAUCAUCUGCCUGCAAGAAGUCACCGGGCGCGGGCUCCAGAUCUUGCUGAGCGACCCAUUUGUCCGAGGCGAGUACUACACGACGGACGCGACGGGACGGACGCUGGGGCGUUAUGGGGUUGUUAUCCUUUCGCGGCUGCCGAUGGAGGGGGUUGAGAUAUAUCCGCUUCCGACGGGGAUGGGGAGAAACCUUCUGUGUGUGACAGUGUGUCUGUCGGCGUCGGCUAGGGCGGUUAUCGCGACGGUUCAUUUGGACAGCUUGCGGGAUUCUGCACCUGUACGGAAAGAACAGGUUCUCGAACUCGAUAAGGUCCUCGGAAUGUCUGAGGGGUACCAGUUCUCCAUUGUAUGCGGGGACUUCAAUUUCUCGAAUCCAGACGAGGAUCUGGCGUUUGUUGGCGGGGGUUGGAAGGAUGCGUGGCUGACUGUUCGGGGUUUGGAUGCGCCUGGGCAUACAAUUGGCGUAAAUUAUCCCUCCGACAAAUACCCUCCGGCGCGAUUUGAUAGGUUUUACUGGAAGGCUGGUUCACAUCCCACGUAUGAGAUGAAGGGGAUCGCUGUGUUUGGGGACACGGUGAUGGAACUGGGAGGAGGGUCCGGAUACGUAUCGGAUCACCUCGGCGUUAGGUUAAAUAUUGAAAAGAUCUCUGGCGAGGACCAGGGUCGAAAUGACCCGAAAUCGGACGAACACUUGAGUGGUUCCUUUCGGGCGGAAUAUUUUGGAACAGCGGUUCAAUGAGUAAUUUUACAAAGUGUUUGCUGGGAGGUUCUUCAUCUUUGGCAUCACAUCCAACAUUUGAUUCCAUGAGUUUUCUCCCCUUUGAGACCUCACGUCGGCCGACAUGCAAGUGAAAUCUCUGAAGGCUCGUAGCUAUGCUAGCAUGCUAGUGGCUAAGUUCUAUCUAUCGCCUCCGCAUUCUGUGUAUCCCAGUCUUCAAAGGGUACUCCCCAUCUCUACAUAACCCAUCUGUGAGCGAGAGGUACGCUAAUCGAA